CGCACCUGGCGUACCUUAGGAGGUUUCAGUGUAGACUGACCGAGUAACUAAACUACGUAAAAUGUAGGUUUACGCUACGAACUACGAAGAGCACGUAUAAUGAAUGGAAGGCGGAGUGGAGGAUUUCCUUCUUGCAUGGGGUUAUGCAUUUGAAUUUGAAUACAUCGCGAAGAAGUUGGAAAACGUAACACAUGACAAUGGAGCUUUCUUAUCAAGCCAUCAAAACAGCAAAUCAAGUGAGGGAGGCGGAUGAAAUGAAAACUGAGGCCAGAAGAAGAAAUCUGCUGAUUCUCAUUUUCCAUUACCUGUCGGAGGAAGGGUAUUUGGAUACAGCUGGUGUACUCGAACAGGAGACUAGUUUAAGCUUGCGUCGCUUUGAAGUCUGUGACAAUGUAGACUUAGAGACUAUCCUCAUGGAAUAUGAAAGCUACUACUUCAUUAAAUUUCAGAAAUAUCCCAAGCUUACUAAGAAAUCAUCAGAAUCAGGAGAAACCAGGCAACCACGAAUCAGUGGUCGAUUAAAGAGAUCCUCUAGCUCUGUAACACACACACUGCCCAGGAUAAAUCAGACCCACCGCCCCAGUUCUAAGUUGGGUGCAAAGAAGACUGAUCCCAAAAUUACAGCAAAGGACACCAGUAAAGUUGAGAAUGGGCGGUUAACACCCCCAGAGACGGCUGAUUUCGGAUUGAACGUCUCCCCGAUCAGUAGAAAUGGGGGAGGGGAGGGUGCACAUGCUAAAAAGGGUUUUUUCUUUGCUCAGGGCCAGCUGAUUGACUAUCGUGGGUUGAUUCAAGAUGCUGUUAAAGGAGCCUCUAAUGAAAUAACAAUGAAUGGCUUGAUCAGUAACCCAGACCCUUCGGAGCGCCUGAUGAAGCCUAUCAGUGCCUUCAGCGGAAUGAACAGUGAGAUGAGAGAGCUGGCGGCUGUAAUAAGUCGGGAUAUAUAUUUGCACAACCCAAAUGUGAGGUGGGAAGACAUAAUUGGAGUGGACGCAGCAAAGCGUUUAGUCAAAGAAGCUGUUGUCUAUCCUAUUAAGUAUCCCCAGCUAUUCACAGGCAUUUUGUCUCCUUGGAAAGGACUGCUGCUCUAUGGACCUCCAGGCACUGGAAAGACACUGCUUGCCAAGGCGGUGGCCACAGAAUGCCACACUACGUUCUUUAACAUCUCCGCAUCCAGCAUCGUUAGCAAGUGGAGGGGGGACUCUGAGAAGCUGGUUCGAGUACUCUUUGAACUGGCCAGGUAUCAUGCCCCUUCAACUAUUUUCCUGGAUGAGCUGGAUUCUGUGAUGGGUCAGAGGGGAACUGGGCCAGGGGGCGAACACGAGGGCAGUCGUCGAAUGAAAACAGAGCUUCUUGUUCAGAUGGAUGGCCUGGCACGGUCCGAUGACCUCGUCUUUGUGUUGGCUGCAUCCAAUUUGCCAUGGGAGCUGGAUCAUGCCAUGCUUCGCAGAUUAGAGAAGAGGAUUCUCGUGGGCCUGCCAAACAAUGAGGCCAGGCAAGCAAUGAUUAGCCACUGGUUGCCUCCAUCCAGUAACACGGGAGGUGUGGAACUACGGACUGAAUUAGACUACAGCCUUCUUGGACAAGAAACGGAAGGUUAUUCUGGCUCUGACAUAAAAUUAGUGUGUAAAGAAGCAGCAAUGAGACCUGUACGAAAAAUAUUUGAUGCCCUUGAAAAUCACAAUGCAGGUAACACAGAGAUGCCUGUGCUGAAACUGGAGACUGUGACCACAGCAGAUUUCCUGGACGUCAUUGCUCACACCAAACCCUCUGCAAAAAGCUUGAAUGAAAAAUACAUGGCAUGGCAGAACGAGUACGAGUCAGUGUGAACACGCUAUGACUGUGUGAGACUUUUAAGAAGAGAUGUACGUUUCCUUUGACAACAUGCUCAUCUAGGGGACAUCUGAAGUGCAAAGAGGCUGCUGAAGUGUAAAGAAUAUAAAGGCCACGUUUUCAUUCCAGGAUAACAAAGCCUGAUGUACAGUGGCAUUUACAAUGCAUCUCUAUAUUAAAGGCUGAUGCUGUUGAGUUGUAAACUGUUUUAUCAACUCAAGCACUUUUAGGUUUUUAACAUUAAAAUACGCCACUUAGGACUGAUUCUUAGUAGUAUUCAAUUGAUACUUUUACACUUAUAAAUUAUACUUUAUCAUUUAUAUGAUGGUUUCCUCAAUAUUUUUCACUACACAUUACCUUGGUAAAAUGUAAUUGGAUGAAUGACCAACGGAAAUCAUACAGUCUCUUUCUAUACAGUUAUCAAAUUCAAGCAUGAGGAAAAUAGGCCUCUUUAACUCAGCAGCAUCUUAAGAGCUAUGUAGCUCUGGUAAACUGCUCAAUUUAAUACCAAAAAUUAGUUCAGCUGAGGUACUGAGUGCUGAGCUUCAGAAAAAGCUGCCCUCCAUGACUAGAGUUAGACACUCCUGUCCUUAGAUUUUAUUCAAAACCAUUCUUAAGAAGUGUACCAUUUACUGCACUGACUUGACUCUAUGCAUCUAUUUGUUAACGUGACUAGUUCAUACUAUGUUAUAGUUAUAAAUUACUUGAAUGUUCAUUUUUUUGUUUUCUUAACCUAGAGUAGUAUACAUAUAAGAACAGGGAAAAAUACUGUUUCUGAAACUAACAAAAU